GCCAUUUUCCAUGAUAUUUUUAACCGAGCUGCAACAACUGCAGUUUCAAACCUGAACUUAUUAUCAGACUAGAAUGAAAUUUCGCUUAUCACCAUUCAUCUUAAUUAUCCUCAUCACUAUCUGAAUUUCUCACGAGGAAUUUAACCACUUGGCCUUGCUAAUUAUUUGAAUCAACCUACUUUCUGAGACUCAAGUUGAGACCCUGCUUUCGUUGGGACUCUGCUCAUUUCAAAAGUCAAUGUUUGUACCAGGCACCCUUCACUGUGCAUUUGAAACCUGUGAUGUUUAUCAGAACUUCGACUUAGUGAAAUGGAAUUUUUAACAAAAGUUGCGCGAGAUGAUCCAAUGGCUCUGAAAUGUCAAUUCAAUUGCGACCCUCUUGGGAGUGGUUUGAAGCACAGUUUACAUAAUUGAGACAUUGAAUUUCGCUGCAGUAUUUUUAAGGCAGUGCAGCAAUGGGUACAUAGCCAGUAAAACUCCACGAGUGAUAGGAAAAAGUCGGACUAACUUUUAGGCCUAGAAAGCAGGUCGAAGUUGUCAUAAACUAGAGAUGCACAUGCAGAUAUCGUGAAUUUAUAUACUAAAGGCAGUAUGAGUGGAGAGGAUGUGUUUUCCAGCGAGGGGCGCAAUGAAGUAUGUUCUUCGCUUAAGGAAAUUCUACGCACUCUGGAACAGAUGAAUGGAAAACUUCAUGCAAUCGAGGGAAAUACAAAAAUGUGUGACGAGGAAGCGGUUUGUGUUGCAAGGCAGUCAAAAAAGGCCGUAUUGGUUUCAGUAAGGGUUAACAUCUUUUCUGUGUCGGAUAUAGAUACAGUGAAACAAGAAUUUACUUGCGAAUUUUUCUUAGCGGCGACUUGGGAAGAACCUCAGCUGCAAGGAAAGUAUAAUGUUUCUGAAAUUGACUGGUCACAACAUUGGGAUCCAAGAAUAUAUUUCGUUAAUGCUGUUGAAAUCAAAAGCAUGCAAAGAAACAAAUUAAUAAGAUUGCCUUGCAAGCCGCAUCCAACUGUUCAGCUUUCGUUCCGUGUUGUUGGCCGUUUCAAGUCGCAGUUCAUGCUUCAUAGCUUUCCGUUUGAUAUCCAGACGCUGAAAAUUCAAAUUUCGUCCAAAUGGAGUAGUACUGUGCUUAUCUUUGAUCGAACACCCAACAUUCCUUGCGUGCUCUCAAAUAAAAACUUUCUUGGAAAAGAUGAGUGGAACCUUCUAGAUCACGUGAUCACAAAGGGUGCGACAUCCUCUGAAGACUCUUAAAGUUCUCUCAUCAGCUACUCCACAUUUGCUUUUGAGUUUCACAUAAGACGAAGAUACUCAUAUUAUCUGACAAACAUAGUUUUUAUGAUGUUUCUGAUAUCUCUGUUGUCAUUUACUACAUUUUUCAUCGAUCCAGAUAGUACGGGGGAUCGACUCAGCGUGAUACUUACACUGCUACUCACAGCUGUAACCUUCAAGUUCGUUGUUUCGCAAAGCUUACCCCCGGUAUCAUACCUAACUGUUCUUGACUGGUAUGUUCUAACAUCAGUUAUUUUCAUCUUUGCUGUUGCCUUGGAGAAUAGCAUCGUUUCCAAGAUAAAAACAGUGGAUGGCAGAAAGCUGUUUGAUAAUCUUUCUUGUGGCAUCGCAAGCUUGUCCUUUAUAAUAAUUCACAUAUGGUAUGGAGUCAAAUCUGCAAUUAUCGUCAGACGAACAACUAAAGAGUUAGAAUACCACCAGAGGUGCUACAAAUGGAAAAAUGGGCUGCUGCCUGUUUGUGAAGAGCUUGUUUCGGGGACCUUGCGUAAUAUGUCCAGCUCUUAUUCGCCAUCCCCAAGAAGGCCUUUGAGAAGAGCAUCAUCAAAGAGUGACAUAGAAGAAGUUUCUCCCUUUGAAAGUAAUUUAACCCAUCCGAAAACCAACAUGUUGAGGGAAAAACUCAGAGAACAGAAAUUGAUAUCUGAAUGUGAAAAGCCCAUUGGUUCACUCACUCGACGAAGAAGCUUGAAUGAGUUAGCAAAUAAAAGAGAAGAUUCUGGACAGGUAACGAAACAGGGCAAUAAUGAAGGGCGUAUUAUCCAACCUCGUACAAAAGAAUCUUUCGAAAAAUGGAAAGGUUUGAAAGCAUCUGUUGCAUCUUCCAGCCAAUCCUGCCCUGAUUUCGGCCUCAAAGAAAACGAUAAACUAGCAAUUUUGUCUUCCACUGCCAAAGAACGAAAUGCAUUGAGUAUGGGAGAGGACAGUGAAAAGGACGUUCGUUGUAUUGGGCUGUUGGCACCGCGCAGAAAAAUAGGCAGUCAAUCAUUUCCACAUAGUGAGUGUGGCAAGAGCACAAUUUUGGGUUCUGUUGGGGGUCGUGCAAAAGAUUUCGUUGCUGGCAAUUUCGAUCUUUACUCUGAUGAAAAGGCAAGAGAGCGAUCUGGUGUUGUUUCAAAGCUCGGUCAAAUAGAGCCGAGCACGUGCUUGAAGGAGGCCAACAGAUCUCUGUCUCAAGAUUCAAAGGUGGGAAAUUUAUCAGAAGACUGUAAAGGCAUUCCUGAAAGUGAGGAGAGUAAGAAGGCAAAUGAUGAUCAAACAAAGGGUUGCCAGUCUUUACAUGUCUCACGCUCAUCAUCCUGUUUGAAAGAUAGCUCUGUCAGCCAAAGAAAUUUGUUUUUAACAACAUCUGAAUCUUUUGGAAGUCUACUUUCAAACAAGAAAGUAGCUAAAUCUGUUUCAUUUGAUAUGGAGCGCAGAGAAGACGAUGCUGAACGAAACAAUGGUAUCAGAGUAAUAAAGGACAAAGCUGUUCUUGAGAAAGGUGAGAAGGGAACCGAAAAAUCAGCUUUGACCCCUCGAAUGUCAAGGAGUGUAAUGCAGAAAAGCCCUAUGCUUUCAGAUCUUGAGGUGGUAAAACCUAUUAUUAUAAAGGAGGAUAGUGUUUUGAAGGAAACGUCAUUUAGCACGAAUCGAGAAAUUGCUAAAAACAAUGCCAGCUGUGUUGCUUCACAUCUGGGGCUAGAAAAGACAUUCUUGCCAGUUUACAGGACACUUCAAAAGACAAAAUGGAUUAUGAAUCAGACGAAUCCUCAGGCUCUGAUCUCUCUGAAUCAGAAAUCACGGGACCGAUUGCUAAGACAGAAAGUGACAUCAGUGUUCUCAUGCUUGGUGGGGGUAUGAAUAGAAUUUUGGGUCUCUUGCUGAGAUGGGAAUGGGGAUUAGUAAAGGAAGAAACAUAGAUUGGAAACGAGGGUGACUAUCAAGAUACCAGUUGUUGAUAUAAAACUUAAUAGAUGGACAAAAAUCUUUUUUAAUUAAAGACUGACAUAUCACAGUGCUGACUCAAUUGAUAAAUAAUAAAACUGCAUGUUGUGUUUUCUAUUAUAUUCGAAUUGUAAUCGAGUUUUUUAAAAAAAACAAACUAAAUAUGUAAGGGUUUUUUUAUAACACGUUUGACACGUAAACGAUUCAAAGGGCACGAAAGAAGCAUUGGCCGUAUUUAUCAAAUGGCAACCAAUCAUAAUAAAAGCCCUUUUUGUUGCCAGACAUUCCAUGCCUUUAUUUUCAUUGAUUAAGAUCUAUCUCUGGAAGUUGAAGAUAUUUUCAGGUUGUUUUAAGACAACCAGGACUGAUUUCCAUUUAUUGUUCAAGACUCGAGAGUAAGCUUAAGGCAAGCUGCAUUUAUUCUGUACAAUUUCUAUGGUGUGAGACGCAUCUUAGAAAUAGAUUCUUGCAUCAUCCUAAAUUUUUCUGAUAAUUUUGGGUUUAAAUCUUUGAAGAAACGUAAAUGACUAGAUUCAAAUGCGAAUUGUGAUCUCCCUGCUACAUCCCCUAAGAACUUUUCCUCUUUUUUUCACUCCUCCUGCAAAUAUCUUUUUUGGAGUAUAUAUGAUUUAGCCUGGUCUCAAUAAUUUUUAGCUAUUCUUAUAUACAUAUACAGUUUUCCAGCUCGUGGAAAUUUUUUUAAUUGAUAAUAAUGGUUGCAAAUAAGGGAUGAUAGCUGCAAGAAGCUAUAAAUAAAGAAGGAACCAAAGUUUGUUCUGAACAGCAAUAUAGAGUAGAAGCUAUAAAGUGUAUUAGAUGUUAAUGUAUUUGAGAACCGUCAAAAGCUGUCCCAGUUGUAGUUGUUGCUGUUUCUAUAUAUCUCGCUAUUAUGUAUCAGAAUUAAGUGGUGGUUGAAAGAUAGGAGUAUUUGUUUAAGCAAAAGUAUUCUUGGGUUGGUCUUGUAUCUAACGAGCCAAAGUUCACAUUAAAGUGUGAGAACCUUAUGGUUGUUCUUCUUCUCAAUCAGAACUGUUCAGGCGUUCUUCUUGUUAGGCUAAUUGGUUUAUCGUCAUAAUUUGAUCUGGUCAUGUUGAAUAAGGCUGGUCAGACGAAGACUGGCGCUGAUCUUGUUUGUGUUAUAUUCUGAAUAAGAGUUUGAGUAACAUCCUAAUGUCCGUAAGAAUCGUAUUGAUUCUACUUAGCAGUUGAUUACGUAACCUGUUCCGUCCAUCAGUCUUCUUGUUGUUGUGCCCUAUCGUAUGACAUCAGCUACCAGUUUAUGUCAUUUUUUCCUGCUUUUCGUGCUCCUAGAAGUUUUCGUGUAUAUUUGUAUUAGGAGUGCUUAGGGUUGGCCGCCAACCAUCAACCUAAAAAAUAAUUAUAGCUUGCAAAUUGACCCAAAAGAUAAUUUUUCUUGCCCUACACGUUAAAGUUUGCAAUUUUCUCUAUCUUUUAAACUUUUCUUAUAUACAAGACCCAAAAAAAAUUCAGAAUUUCAUGAACCCAAUGUAACUGUACAAUUGACUGUCCUAAAAAACAUUUCCACAAUUCUAAGCCCAUGAAAGUAACCUGAGCACCCACAUCCUAAAAACAUAUUAGUCCCUUUCCCGGGGUGAAAACAGUGUAAUGUCUCAUCCAAACACUGACCCCUUGUUAUCAAUCCUCAAUACGAAGCACAUGCCAAACUGGCUGGGACGUCAAGCUUUGAAAAAAAUUUAAUAGGAGUAAAUGUCGGUUGAACUUAUAAUAAAUGUUCCCAUGGAAUAAUUUCUGUUGAACAAUCCAGUAAACGCUUAUGCGACAGGCUUGCAGACUUUGUUGCAGUUUUUUGAUGGUAUAAAAGGCAGGAUCUGUAGCUUUUCUUUUUGUGAUAAAUUCUAUCUAUGAUCAAUUUAUCUUUUAUAAUAAUAAUAGUAAUGAUUUAAUGAUAAUACACUGCCAAAUUUUCUUCUCGGAGCAGUUAUUAUGAAAUAAACACAUCAUUGCCAGGAAAAACAUCACGUGUAGUACAGUAUAAGGCAAAUUUUUUUCCAGAUUUGAAAUACUUUAACUACAAUUUUUAAUAACUCUUUUUAUUGCUUUUUACAAGAUUUUGGAAGAUGUAGUACUUCUUUUGUCGAUUGAGGAAAAUUACUUUGCCAAACUGAUUUUAGUAUGAGUUAGGGAAAUUACUUCACGAAUACAGUAGUUUCAGAGAAAUAUUUUGUCUCUUUUUACAUCUUGCAACACCACGCCUUCGUCCUCAAUAUCUGUUCGAUAUGACCUGAAUCUACGUUCGCUUUAAUUUUGGUUAUUUUAAAGUCAUCUUCGAAAUGAUAGUCCAGGCAGAAAUAAUCUAUGAUUUUUAUUUAACCUUUCAAUUGACUUCACAAACUUUUCUUUGUCAAUAAUGAAUUUUAUAAUAAUAUUGGUAAAACUUGAUAAUUAUUCAGACUUGAGACUUUUGAUUUAUUUGAAUAAUCUAAGCAAGCAAAAUAAACAUGACUUUAAAGCAAAAGUUUUGAGGUACUCUCCUCGUUGUAAAGCUUGUAUUUUGCUAGUAUGUUCAAUUUCUGUUUCUUUUCUUGAUGAAAAAUAAAAUAGGAAGGAUUUUUGCUUUUUUCUCCAUUCUUACCAAAUUAUAUGACUAAGAACAAUUUUAGGCUCAGAAUCGCAAAUUUGUAGUAAUAUUUCAGCUCAGUAAGAAAUAAGGUUUUCUUUUAAGAAAAAACAGUGUAUGCCAUGUAUCUGUCCCUAA